UGUUGUUCGCUCGCCAUUUGGACGGAUUUUUGGGCCGCGGACCAGGAAUUCGCAUCUCUAGGCCAGGGGCCUAGGGGGGCUCCGCUGGGGGCGGGGGGCUAAAGACGGACGAGUGGGCGGUCCGCUCGCUGCCUGGCUCUCUCUCUCUCUCUCUCUCUCUCUCUCCCUCCCUUCCUUCUUCUUCCUUCCUUCCUUCCUUCCGCAUGUGUUCAGCUGCUCCAGCUGUCUCGCGCUCAGUCUCUCGCCGCCGGGAACCGCAGUCGGACUCACCGGGGUCAAGCCGACGACCGCUGCUGGCUGAUGCCGAUUGAGCGUUCGACAUCGACCGCCUUUCUUUCCCCUGCCUGAUCGCUGCGUGUGCGCGCACACGCGUGUGUUUAUGUGUGAUCUGGCCUGACGUGAGUAGUAUGCAGGGUGCGUGCGUGGCAAUCGUGUGCGCGCUCCUCCAAGGCGUCGUUUCGCAGCCGCCCAAAGAAAUGGACACUCAAACGGAAUGCACGGAUGGCUAUCAUUGGGACCCUCAGACAGAGCACUGCAAAGACAUAAAUGAGUGCGAGACCAUCCCCGACGCGUGCAAAGGGGAGAUGAAAUGCUUCAACCACUACGGCGGCUACCUGUGCCUCCCCCGCUCGGCCUCGGUCAUCCCGGCCCCGGAGCCCCCGGCGGCGCCCACCGAGGCCUUCAACCCUUGCCCCCUGGGCUACGAGCCUCAGGGAGACAGCUGCGCGGACGUGGACGAGUGCGAGCGAGACGAAGACGACUGCCAGCCCAGCCAGCGGUGCGUCAACACCUUGGGGGCCUUCGCCUGCCACUGCCCCGACGGCUACCGCAAAGUGGGCACCGAGUGCAUCGACAUCGACGAGUGCAGGUACCGCUACUGCCAGCACCGCUGCGUCAACGUUCCCGGUUCCUUCACGUGCCAGUGCGAGCCCGGGUUCCAGCUGGCGGGAAACAACCGAUCCUGCGUCGACGUGAACGAGUGCGAAAUGGGCGCUCCGUGCGCUCAGCGCUGCUACAACACGUACGGCACCUUCCUGUGUCGCUGCGACCACGGCUACGAGCUGGGAGCCGACGGAUUCGCUUGUAACGACGUGGACGAGUGCGGCUACUCCAGCUACUUGUGCCAGCACCGCUGCGUCAACCAGCCGGGAAAGUUCUCUUGCGUCUGCCCCCAAGGCUACCAGCUGCAAGGCACGCGACUCUGCCAGGACAUCAACGAAUGCGAGACGGGCGAGCAUCAGUGCACGUCGGCGCAGACGUGCGUCAACAUCCACGGAAGAUACCAGUGCGUGGACGCCGACCGAUGUCUGGAUCCCUACGUGCAGGUGUCGGAAAAUCGCUGCGUGUGUCCGGCGACGAAGGCGGCGUGCCGAGAUCUGCCCUUUUCCAUCGUGCACCGCUACAUGAGCAUCGCGUCGGAGCGCUCGGUGCCGUCCGACGUCUUCCAGAUCCAAGCCACCAGCGUCUCCCCCGGCGCCUACAACACCUUCCGCAUUCGCUCGGGCGACCCGCACGGAGACUUCUACAUCCGGCAAAUCAACAACAUCAGCGCCAUGCUGGUGCUGGCCCGCGCCGUGUCGGGGCCACGCGAGUACACGCUGGACCUGGAGAUGCUGUCCGUCAACCCGCUGCUCAGCUACCAGGGCACCUACCAGAGCAGCUCCGCCCUCAGACUCUCCAUCUACAUCGGACCCUACGCCUUCUAGGCCUCGCUUACCGGCCGUCACAUUUGGGACAUUGGAACCACCCCCUUUUCUUUUCAUUUCUUUUGUGUUACCUUCUGAACCCCAAUAAAAAAACAUACUUCUGCUCCCAAUUUCAUGAGCCUCAAAUGAGAAAGUGAUGACGCCGUCGCGGAAUUGCGUCUCGUCCCCCCCCCCCCGAACAGAAGCGCGCACCCGCCGGCCCGUCUGUUGUCACCGAGGGUGGUGGUGAUGAGUCAUACGUGUUCACGCGGUUGUUUAAUUCCGAGCGCGCCCACUAGAGGGCAGUACGCAUACACAAACGCAAAAUGCACCAUUUAUUACACAAACGCGGAUUUUCAAACUCCUUGACACACAUUUCCCCUCCUACACAAACAAGCGCUGCGGUGUGUGUGGCCGCUCUUGCAUAAGAAAAGUCGACAUAGACUAAUACUGAAAUCAUAAUAACAAUAGAUUUUAUUUUCUAGGCGCCUGUCGGGACACUCAAGCUCACUGUACAAGAUAAGUCAAAAGUAAUAGGCCUGCAAACUGAAGCAAUUGUCAGAGAAUCCCACAAUGUGAACCCCCCCCCCCCCCUUUUUUUUUUUUUUUUUUUAAAUUUAAGAAGAAAAAAAAAAGUGACUAUGUGUAAUAAGCGCUCUAAUAUCUAUAACCCUUGCUGAAUCCUGAUUUUUUUUCCCCCUCAUGGAACCUGCAAAUGCAUGUGUUGACUUUCAUCCAUUAAAAAAAAAUUUUUUUUUUUUUUAAGAAAAUUCAAUAUUCUGAAUUAAUCUCAAAAUCAUGACAUUCUAAGUGUAUCAAAUGUAGCUGUAAUGACAGAUAAAAUUAUGAGGAAGAAUAAGCCUGUCUGAAUAAAUAUGUUUGAAGAGAGUGGUUAGUGUCUGCCCCCCCCCCCCAAAAAAAAACAAAAACAGUAUAUUUGAUGAUAAUAUUGGAUGUUUUUCCUUUUUCUGGAAGGUAUAUGGCAAAAAUGAAACUUCAGUUUAACAAUAAAGAAACAUUCAUUUUUGGUUAAAAUAAUGAUUUGGAUUCAAAAUAGUUUUUCAAAUUUUUGGAUUUGGAUGAAAACCGGUGAAGGAUUGUACAAAGGAGUAUCAGGGCAAAAGAAUAGAGACGUAAUAUGUACGGUUAGCUAAAUUAGUUGCUAUGUACCUUACAUCACGUUUACACACUUUAUGUAAUAGGUUUGGUCUCAACAUUGGUAACCUACUUUUUGCUGCAUGGGGAACGCAACAUGAAGAGAUUAGUUGAACAGGGCUACAUUUCUCACCAAUACGAACCUAAAUAGGCUAAAUGAUCCAAAUAAAUCUGGAUUGACUUCUACUAACUUUUAUAAACUUUGUUUUCAAAAUCUACCAAGGAAAGAUUUUCAAAACUUCCAGAAUAAAUGUCUGGAUUAACAAAUUUAAAUUGCAAUAUCUGAACAUAAAUUAUAUGAACAUACACAAUAAACACAAACUUGUUAAUUAAUCAUCUCUUAACAAUCCAGAAAUGUAGAAAAAAAGGGGGACCACUCAACAUUGUCUGUCUAAAUAAACAAAUCGAAAAUAGCUGGAAAAAACGUCUUAGGGAAUAACAAGAAUAAAAAUGGAGCCCUUCUUCAUGUAAAACACUACUGCUUUUUUCCACAAGCACAGCCAAACUCAACAAACAAUGAUUUGGUCUGCUCUAAGACCACACAAAUCAGAUAACAUGAAAAUUGGGGCGAACCUCAGUUCACUACAUUUCUCGCACUUUUAUUAACUUUGACAGGAGGAAACAAAUACAGACUGACACUUCUCUCUAAGCAGCAUCCUACUCACGUUUUGCAGGUUAGCAAAUUCACACAGUUGAACGUUGUGCUAACUCUGAUGCAGGUCGGACUUUCAGUAGCAAAAUUAGGGGUGUGUUCCCCACCCCCAUAACAUUGACGUCUUUUUACAUUACUUAGCAGUUGCUGCUGCUGAAAAAACUUCCAAUGUCCCUCCUCUUUGAAGGGGGCGGAGCAGGCGGCGUGUUGUAUUUCUGUUGGGGCUGUGUGUGUGUGUGUGUGGGGGGGGGGCUUCAAGUCAUCAACCAAUCAUGCGUUUGAGGGGGAAAAAAUGGACUAGCACAUUCAGCAAGUAAAAAGGGUUAAAUGUAAGUCUGAACAUAAUGAAAAUAAUUCACUAAAUAAUGGGAGGGCCAAUUCUAUCCUUACAGCAUAUGGGAAAAUAAUCGAAAUGACCUAUAUACAGUAUAUAAUGCAAAUAAGGUUGCUUAAAAGUUGUUGGAAACACUUUGCGCAGCCUGAAAAGUUGCUGGUAUUUUGUUCCUAUAUACUGUCCCUACGCAAACGUUGUGUAAUAUUGAAUUGGAACUAUAUUGUUUUGUUGUAUUAUUCCCGUGAGUUUAUAUUUUUGGACCUGUUUCAUAAAUAAAGAAAUAUGUGAGCUUUUGGUUCAUCAAAAUGAUCAUCUACAAUUAAUCUAUGAGUCAUACAAAAACAAAAACAAAAUAGGACUACAAGAUUCAAGUCAAUGUACGAGAGAAUACGUUUGUCUCCAUUUAUAUUCAAUGAAUAUAAAUUUUGUACUUUAAUCCUAUAUUUUUUUCUUUCUUUGGCCCUAAUAUGCCGUCGUAGAAAUGGGUUUUUAAAAAAAUCUGAUUCAUUUAUGGUCCAAAAAGGUGGCUGUUGCGUCAAAAAAAAAAAAAAAAAAAAAAAAAAAAAAAGUUCAUUUUUUUGGACAAAAGGAUUCACGUUUGGAGCCAAAAUGUUACGUGUUGUCAAAAUAUGUUUAUUUUUGGUCUAGAGGGAAUCAUUUUUGCUCCAAAACGUGGAGUCGGUCGUUUUGCAUCAGAAUCAUUCCGAUUGCUUACUGAACUCGU